AUGCUAGUGCCCGUACAACACCCGUCUUAUCCAUAUCCUCACCCUAUAGAUACACAAUGGCCACCUACAAAUAGUUUCCUACCAUCAUCCACUGUCAACGAGAGCCCACAGUCUAACCCAAGCUAUUGGAGACAAUCACCUUCAACCACCAACUCUGUUUAUGGCAGUGAGUCCAACGUCUCAGGCGGGCACACACCAGCCGCCAUGAGCACCAGUUCGAGCAUGUCAUAUGGCCAACAAGAUGGACAAUGGGGUCAACAGCCACCUUUCCAGCCUCCAGCGCGCUCAAUGUCUUAUGGAAAUAUUGAAGGCCUACAGCAGCAGUACCAAGGUCAAGGGUUGGGAAUACAGCACGACUAUCCACGCCGGACCUCUCCCUACCAAUAUCCUACCAGUAUAGAUACGAAUUCAGCAACAGUGCAUGCUACUACAAUGGGGGGUGCGACAACUGCCCCUAAUUCAGCGCCGAUUGUACCAAACAACUCAUACUACCCCCCAUCCUGGAAUUCGUACGACCCAGUACCCGGUCACGGCCCCCCAAUGCCCAUGCCCGGACGAUCGAUGAGUGCACAGUGGUACGCAGAGGCUGCGCAUUUGGAUCGAGUACAAGAGGAGGGUGUGUCACCGAUGACCUAUACUCAUAGUGGAAUACCGCAGUUCUACUCCGGCGCUUAG